CUAAAGACUCAUGCCAUCGUUUCUGUUAUUGUUACACGGAAGAUUAACUUGAUAGGACUCUGUUUCCUGGCAACGUUCAUUCGGCAAGGAGGAGCAGAGGAGGUGAGGAAUGAGCUUCUCCCCUGCGAGUGGCACAGCAGCCAACGGGUUAGAUGGAGCCGCCGCUUCAGUCUGUCGGAGUAGAGAGGGAGGAGACCCCGCGGGAUCAGAGCUGGCCUGCCGGGGCUGCGAUGGUGAGCAGAGCCCACAUGUGCUGUCCCCUAGUCUCAGCCAGGACAGGGGCAAGGCUUCCCGUUCGGUAUUAGCGUUCGCGAGCGGUGGCACUGACCCCGGAUCUCAGGAUUCGUUACUAGUCUCACAAAAUAGGGAGCGUGUCCCCUGUGAGCAUGGAGGAAGUGUCAGUACAGCGGGUUUAAAAAGCGACAUGCUUUCUUCAGUCACUGACGGGAGAAACAAAGACUGUGGGCCAGAAGGGAGGCGAGCGGGAAAGCCAGCAGAACGGGAAACGAUCUCUGUUUUGAGAUGUUUAAGCGUGUUGACAGAACCUCACCGGAGUGUUGUGGAGGAAGGGAGUUCUGGGGAUGAAGAGAAGAGUUUGGAGAGAGAGGAGGAGGAGGAGGAGGAGGAGUGCAGAGAGACAGAUGACACCCCAGAGCUGAGUGCGGCUAGCACACCACCGGACAUCCUAGCAGAUGACAAAGUCGAGACAGGCCUCUGCAAUGAGAGACGGGGGAGCUGGGAGGCUGAAGGGUUCAGAGAAGGGGAGGGCAGGCAGUUGCCAGAAUCGCCAGAGGGCUCCCCAAACCCCAUACAGAAGAACAACCUCUUCAACCAGGUCCCUGACCCAUCUCCACCAGAAGCCCCCAGCCUGCCCACGUGCCCCCAGCACAUCAUGGCCCAGGUGUAUGUGUGCAACGCCCCAGUGGGGGGAGCCGCGCUGCCGUGGGGAGACCGUGAGAGGAUCGUGGGGAGGCUACAGGACAGUAAGAGCCUGGAUGGGAUCAGUCAGGUGUGUGGGGGAGCACGGUGCAGGGAGCGGCAGCCGGAGGGACGCAGGGCCACUAUCUCCAGCGCCCUGGAGCUGGAGGGGACGGUGAGCCACGAUGGGGACCUCACACACUUUGUAGCCAAUAACCUGCAGCAGAAAAUCAAGAUGAGCUCUCGGCAGAGCCUGGACUCUGAUAGCUCCGUCCGCAGCCGGGGUUCUCAGAGGAAGCUGGUGGAUAUCCCCCCGAUAGACCCUGCUGUUCUGCAGGACCUGGAGAGGCACACGCAGGAUGUGGCGCAGAGUGUGGAGCUCAUGAUGAGGAGUCUCAACGGCACAGUUCAGAACAUGACCGCUCUGAGCGUUGGCUGCAUUCAGACGUACCGCGAUUCUGUGGACAGUCUAGGGGAGUCGGUGGACAUGAGUAUAAAGGGAAUGUAUACCCUGAUGGCUCGCUGUGAGGAGUUGGACAGAUCCAUGCAUCCCAUCCACUUGCUGGCAAAGCAAAUCCGCGAUAUCAAGCGCACCCUCGAGGUGUUGGAAACCGUCUGCAAGUAGCUGCUUGGGGAUUGGGGGCAGCUGUAGCAGUGCCCUCUCCUCCAACCCUGGAAACCCAUCUUUCCCUACCUCGCUCUCUCUCUCUCUCUGCCGUCCUCCUUUAAGACCCCUGCACCCAUGCAAGCUGCUUCGCUUUGGGGUUUAGAAGACUGUGUUUUCAUUGCACUUAAGUGGAGCAGGGAUGAGUGAAGUCUGCUUCCCACGAGAGAUGAGAGUUCUCUCCCUGUGGUGUAGUGCAUAUAUAGAAGUACAGUUGGGGGGAGUCUCGCAGAUCUGUCAAGAUUUGUAAAUAAUGCUUUAAGAUUGUUGCUUCCAGGUGUUUUGGUACAGCCUAAAAUCUUAUACAUAUGUCACGUACACAGUUUUAGCUGUAUUUAGAAAACCUCUUAUCCAGUUGUGGAAUUUGUAUGUGUAAUCCUCAGCAGAAGUUCUUAAGGGAAUCGGAGUCUAUUUUUGCAUGAGAUUUGACUUGAUUUGUUGAAGUAAUGAUAAAAACUCUGCAUGUCCAAGAAGUUAUUGAAAAUGCCAUGAAUGUUUUUUCACAGCACUCACAUAGAUUGGCUUCUUUACUAUCUUGGGAACCAAUUGUUUGGUUUUGCUAAAAGCAAAGCAUUAGCAUUUGCUUUGCUAUGCAGUGGAUGAAGGGUGUUGUUACCUACUUUUUAUUACUUUUUCACCUCUAUCAUGUCUUUGGGGGAGUGUGUUACUAAAAUACCUUGUUUUCAUUUUCUGUUAACUCGAGCGUUCUGGAUCUGUGAGACUCUGCCUGUGUAUAAAGUACAAGCAACCUAAAAGAACAUCUUCAGUUCUCAAGCCGCCUUGGCUCCUACACACCCAUCGCAACCUGCAGAAUUGCACUUGUCUGUGACACUGAUUAGAACUGGCCAUGCUGGCUGCUAAUAGACUGAUUGCCUGUGUGGAACUGUUGCCAUGUCUUUGUUUUAGGGGCUCAUCUCUGAUGUCCCCCAAGCCCUCUGCAGUUGGAUGGGUUGCCUUGCUAUCGGAGGAUGGAGAUCUGUGUAAGACUCACUCACUCACUCGCUCACUCACUCGCUCACGACAGACAGGCAUCGACAGUAUGGAGGCAGUCCCCGGCACAGUGAAUUACUAACAGCACUUACUCUGUACAGUCAUGACCGGUUCUGUAAAUAGUGACUUAACUUGAGUUUUCUUCUGUUUUUAUUUACUGUUUGUCCUAAUUGUAUAUUUUAAAAAUAAACAAAAAAGACACAAUAAAUGUACAAAGUUUAUGAAGUUUUCCCAGCUUUUUGUUUAUUAUAAUAUCUUUUUUUAUAUAUAGCCUUUCAUAGUGGAUCACCAUCACACAAAGCGCUUUACAGAGGUAGGUGGUGAACUGUUUUAGAUCGGUCAGCAUUUUUCUGUUUUGUUUUUUUUUUAUGAAAGAAAUUACAUACAAAUUGUGGUAUUGUUUUACAAAAUUACACUCACAGUAAGUCAGUCAGUCUGACCCAAAGCCUCUUUCUUCCCGUCACUUUCAUUUCUUGUGGUUGUGGUUUUCCUUGGCUUUAGUUUCAUUAACUGACAAUAUGUGGCUGCAAAAUAAAUGAUCAGACAAAGGAACCUAAGACACCUGUUGCCUUUAGACUUCCCUUUUUCACCUCUUAAAGAGUUUACUACAACCCCUCCCCACCUCUUGUAUAAUUUAUUAACUCUGAGUUGGGUUGUCACAAGGGAUGCAUCUUAUUAACACACUUGUUUGUAUCUGAUUAACCAAUUUGUUAUAUAAAAAUGGAAGAAACUAAUCCUCUCGAAAUUAAUUGAGUAUACUUCCUUUAAAAUAAUUGAGGCACACAAGUUUGAGCUUUUGAACAUAAUUAUUUGUUUUUAAAUGCGUACAGCACAAUUUGUAAAACACACUACAUAUUAUAUACUCUGUAUCCUUAUGAAAUGUUAUAAUCGGUUUAAAUUAUAUGAUUUUUAGUGAAAAUGAAUGAAUUGUCAAAGGGGCUAUUUGACUGCAGUGUGAUCCUGGCUGAGCAUCCUUUAAAAUUGUGUGAUCAAGUGGAAACCUAAGAAAAGAAGUCCUACACAUGAAGUAUAUGCCUUUCGGAUAUAAAUUAUUGGCAGGCAAUAACAGCAGUAGUCUUUUUGUGUA